CUCGCCAGUAACAGAUCACGCCAAUCCACUCUCGGCACUGCCAUCAUCAUUCACACAGCGAUCAUCCAGCCAGCGGCACUUAUCACAGACAUCAUGAAGCUGUUGCUGUUGGCAGCCCUGGUGGGCGUGGCUGCGGCCGGUCGCCUGGACAACUCGUACCUGCCCCCUGCUGGUGCACCGCUGGCUGGUGGAGCCCCUGGAGCCAUUGCAGCGCCCUUCGGCGGACCUGGAGCAGGAGGAGUCUUCGGAGCUAGAAGGCCCGGAGCCGGCGGUCUGGGAGGAGCUGGACUCGGUGGUGCCGGUCUGGGAGGCGCCGGCCUUGGUGCUGGAGGUGCUGGCCUCGGUGGUCUCGGAGGUGCCGGACGAGGCGGACUCGGAGGCGCCGGUCUCGGUGGCGCCGGAUUAGGUGGAGCUGGUCUCGGAGGUGCCGGUCUCGGUGGUUUCGGAGGUGCUGGACGAGGCGGUCUUGGAGGCGCUGGCCUUGGUGCUGGAGGCGCUGGCCUCGGUGGUCUCGGAGGUGCUGGACGAGGUGGUCUUGGAGGCGCUGGUCUUGGAGCAGGAGGAGGUGGUCUGGGUGGUCUCGGAGGUGCAGGACGAGGCGCUGGUCUCGGAGGUCUCGGCGGGCUAGGAGGCGCCGGUCUCGGUGCAGGACGAGGUGGUCUCGGAGGCGCUGGUCUCGGUGGGGCUGGAGGAGCUGGUGUUGCCAGGGGACCUGUCAUUCCCAUUCUCAGAUACGAAAAUGUCAACAAUGGUGAUGGUUCCUACGCCUUCAGCUACGAGACCGCCAACGGCAUCGCCCAGGACGAGCAGGGCUACCUGAAGAACGCUGGAAUCCCUGAUGCUGAGGCCGAGACUGUGCAGGGCCGCUACACGUACACUGGAGACGACGGCGCGCAGUACACCGUCACCUACACCGCCGACGAGAACGGCUUCCAGCCGCAGGGCGCCCACCUGCCCACUCCACCCCCAAUCCCUGAGGAGAUCCUGCGCUCCCUGGAGCAGAACGCUGCUGAGGAGGCCGCUGCUGCCCGUGGUGGAGGAAUUGCUGGUGGUGCAUACUCAGGUGCUCCUGGAGCAGGCGCAUACGCUGGUGCUCCUGGAGCAGGUGCAUAUUCUGGUGCUCCGGGAGCAGGUGCAUAUUCUGGUGCUCCGGGAGCAGGUGCAUAUUCUGGUGCUCCUGGAGCAGGUGCAUAUUCUGGUGCUCCGGGAGCAGGUGGCGCCUUUGGUGGCGCUCCUGGAGCUGGUGUCGGUGGUGCCUUUGGAGGUCGUCCUGGAGCUGGAGUUGGUGGUGCUUUCGGUGGCGCUCCUGGAGCUUUCGGUGGUGCACCUGGAGCUGGUGGUGCAUUUGGUGGCCGGGCACCUGGAGCGUUUGGGCGCCCCGGUGCCGGCGCUGGAGCGUUUGGCGGCAGACCUGGAGCGCUGCCCAGCUACUCGCCGUCCAGCGGCUACUCCUACCCCACUCCAGGAAAGUAGGCGCGCGGAAGCCUCCAGCUGGACUAGACGGCCAGCGCGCUCACCAGCUGGAAGUGGCCAGUGGCCCAGCCCACUGCUCACCUUGCUGACCAUUAUCUUCAUCUCUCCUCACCACUUUCAUACGUGACGCUGGAGAAAGGAAUGCGGAUCUCUACUGUUGCCGCGUCCCUGACGAAUGUUCAAAUAUACCAGACGACUUAACUGUUGUCUUUAGCCGAGCAUAAAGACAACUCGACAGAUCGACUCACACCUUCGCUGUUUCUCCUUUUCUGCAUUUCCUUUGAUUACAGAUAUCACUUCACUAUGGAAUACGCUGGAAAACUCAACAAUGAAGUUCUCCUGGUAUUCCACUCGACGACGGCAGCAGAUUUGUGCAAUGGACUACUUCUACGCUUUUCUAUAAGAAAGUUACGUGACGAAAGUCCUAUUUGUAAAUAUGUUUCAGCGCUACCUUCUUUGCUUCCUCCGCUGUCAUAAUGAAACAAUGUUUUGGCAGCAAUACUUAUGACGACAAUGGCAUCGUGAACGACAAACAAGACGGGAAGUAGCCCGCCUUCUCUACUUCUGAAAGACUAUUUAUUUUUAAUGCAAAAGUAAAAAACUAUGUAAAAAAAGUGAUUUUGUAAUAAAUGUUGUUUAAGUAAA